AUGGCGGGCACACCCGAUGCCUCCAUGGAGGAAAUCCUCUGGCGGUCUCCGCCCCACGUCCAGAUGAUGGGAGGAUACCUCCACUCCAACAACAGUACGAGAUUCAGCUCCCAUCAACGACAACAGUGGCCUACUAAUACUCUUAAUGCGUGCGCAGUUCUUUUCUACUUUGCAGAGUCGCCAUUCUUUGACCCAACAUCCAACAACGCCUCACUUGCCAUCCAAGCAAACUACAAUGAAGCUUUCCGGCACUUUGUCGAGACGCGCGAGGCCUUCGAGGGCCGGUUAAAGACUAUGCAGGGCUUGGAAUUCGUGGUUUCAUAUGAUCCCAUCCAGGCAGCAGCACAACCUGAUGGUCGAUUCGCGCACGAGCCGUCAAACAUUUGGGUGAUUCGCAAGCAGAACCGGCGCAAGAGGACCGGCCUGGAAGAUGAGGUGGUAGUUUUAUCGACGUACUUUAUCGUCGGAGACUGCAUCUACAUGGCCCCCUCGGUUGCGAGUGUUGUGGGGAACCGCAUCCUGUCCGCAGUUACGUCUCUCACCAGCUUGCUAAAGACAGCAUCUACACUACCUACCUUCACCCCGUCCCACGGCCAUACCUAUAUGCCACCUGCGCUCAAACAAGCCGACGCAAGUCAACCUGGCACGCAGUCGCAGCAGAGCAAGGAGAACACCCCAUUACCGGACGCCGAUGCAGCUGGCAAGGCCUCGCUCGUUGGCUCUUCACAAGUGGUCGGCACUGGUUCCAACCUGCAAGACACACGGACACUUGCGGAGUCAUUCAACCUGCUCCGAAGAUAUGGGGAGGAGUUUAUGGACGAGCAUCCGUUGGUGGGAGAGCCGGGAUCGUUCAUCCUAUCCCGUGUCAAUGACACAGACCGAACCUCAGCAGCGAAACCACCAGCCCCUGCCGCGAAGGUUGGAACGCCGCAGGUCCGGGUUGAUACGCCAGGGAAGGUAUCAGAGAAGGGGGCGACGCCAUCAGGAUCCGAAGAGAAUAAGAUGCGGAAGAAGAAAACUAAGGUUGGCAAUUGA